UAUUUUUUGUAUUAGCUUAACAUAAAAUAUUUAAUAUUGUAUGCAAUGGUGCAAAACUUAUAGAAAAAUAUAUAUACACCUAUACAUGUAUCUAUCUUUGUGUGUCUAUUAUAACGUGGAUCAAGAUUCUUUCUUAUCUUUAUCACUCUCACGUUCUUUUGUCUUCAAACGCACACAAAGAAACGAAAAACCAAGAAUGACUAUACCGUCAAGAAUCCUCGAGACGGCGGCGACGCCACCACCACAACCGUCGGAGCAGAUUCUGGGGGCGGAAUCUGACAUGGUGGUGAUCUUGUCUGCUCUUCUCUGCGCUCUCAUAUGCGUAGCUGGCCUUGCCGCCGUCGUACGUUGCGCUUGUCUCCGGCGAUUUACUGCCGGAGGAAAUUCUCCGUCGCAGAACAAAGGGUUGAAGAAGAAAGCUCUUCAGUCUCUUCCUAGAUCCACUUUCACCGCCGCGGAAUCAACCUCCGGAGGUGCCGCCGAAGACGGCGGAGAUUCGACGGAGUGCGCGAUUUGUCUCACUGAGUUCGCCGACGGAGAAGAAAUCAGAGUGCUUCCUCUUUGUGGCCAUUCCUUCCACGUGGCGUGUAUUGACAAAUGGCUUGUCUCUAGGUCUUCGUGUCCUUCUUGUCGCCGGAUUCUCACACCGGUGAGAUGUGGCCGGUGCGGCCAUUCUUCAACGGCCGGGAGGCAAAGCAAAGAUCAUCAACAUGACCAACACUCGUCGCAGCUCGCUUCCUCUGUUCCUACGUUUCUUCCUUAACACAAUCUUUCUUAUUAUCGGAAUAGUUAAUUUUUAUAGUGUCUUGUAAAGUGGGUUCAAUUAGAAACUAGAGAUCUUAAGGGUUUUUUUCUUCCUGUCGUUUUAGAUUGUAAUUCCACUGUGUUAAACAACUAGAUGGAGUUCAAAGUUGGAGAAAGAAACUACAAAAUGAGUAAAUCAUAUUACAUAAAGAAAAAACAAAACCAUGCCUCCUCAUAUUACUUAAAGCCCCAUUAAAGAAACAUGAUAAUCUGCAAGAGAGAAGGAGCUGAACAGUGCCGGAAGAAGAUAUAAGCGAAAAAGCGAUGCCAGUCUCUAUUAUUAGAGUUGGAAGAUGAUCUCCAAGAACGGUUUCCCUCUGGAAACCUGACAAACCACAACACACAAGCUGCUUCUUCAACAAGAAGCCACCAGAGAACAAAUCUACAACUCGAGCAGCCAAAGAAGACGAUGGUUGGCAAUUAACUACUCCAAGACAACACGCAAUUGAGCCACAGUUCCAAAGCCCCUUACCAAUUAAUCCAGAAAACCCGUUGGUUUCAAAACAAGGGACAGCACAUCUACGCAACACAGAAGCUCCACCCACUGAAGAUAUCUAAACCAAGCACUGAGAUCGAACGACGAGGCCAUACGCAUACGAACGCCUCAAGAAACAACCAACCCACAAUCCAAAGCAGUAUAAAACACUACUCUAGAACACGAAGGAAGCCAUCUUCAAACAGCCGAAAGACCCAUCAAACUCUAACGAGCUGAAGAAACCUUGUUCACCUUUUUCAACUGCAAAUUCAACAGCUUUAACAUAAUCCGCUACACUCCCUCGAAUUCCCUCCACAGAGCAGCCUCAGGAUGAAGCUACACAAGAUCACACCGGAACCGACUACCUUGAUGCAGAACCAAACUCAUAUCGGCAGGUGUUGGAUGAAGACCACAGAACAGAGAUCACAGACUAAACAACUACCCGAGACUGAGACCAAACGACAUACCAAAACAGAGACAUGAGAAGAGAUAAGCUUGA